ACUGAUUGCUACUCCUGAGAGCAAGCAAGAUAACAUCCCCUGUUCCUUCUGUUACAUGGACACCAGCCAUCACAAGCCACAGGUAGUAGACUAGUAGCCCGACACCAUUACCAACCAUUUUCUCUCUAUAAUGGAGUCUCGAGUCCUGUCCUACGGGGCCACCGCCACCACCGUCGCCGGCGGCAUUCCCAGGCUCACCAAACCGGCGGCCAGGCUCAACACCGUCGCCGUCUCAUUCCCAGCCAGGCUCAAUGCCGACGGAGGUAAUCUCGUUUGCGGAAGGCAGCUUCGUCCGAGCUUACUACUAAACCUCGAUCACUCCUCCGCCUCCGCCGUGCCGCUGCUUACAUCGACGGCGAAGCGUGAUGUUCUCAAACCGUGUUCCGCCACUGCUAGCGAUUCCGCCGGUGAUGCUGCUCCGGUCGGAUUCUUGGCGAAGUAUCCGUUUCUGACAACCGGAUUUUUCUUCUUCAUGUGGUAUUUUCUGAAUGUGAUCUUCAACAUCCUGAACAAGAAAAUCUACAAUUACUUCCCAUAUCCCUAUUUUGUCUCAGUCAUACAUUUGGCUGUUGGAGUGGUUUAUUGUCUUGGUAGUUGGAGUGUUGGUCUACCCAAAAGAGCUCCAAUAGACUCGAACCUUUUGAAGCUUCUUAUUCCUGUGGCUGUAUGUCAUGCUCUUGGCCAUGUCACAAGCAAUGUCUCAUUUGCAGCUGUCGCUGUCUCAUUCACCCACACAAUCAAAGCGCUUGAACCGUUCUUCAAUGCUUCUGCUUCUCAAUUUAUCCUUGGACAGUCGAUUCCCAUAACUUUAUGGCUAUCUUUGUUACCCGUUGUACUUGGUGUAUCAAUGGCAUCAUUAACUGAGCUGUCAUUCAACUGGCUAGGGUUUAUCAGUGCCAUGAUUUCCAACAUCUCCUUCACUUACAGGAGUAUUUACUCAAAGAAAGCCAUGACUACUAUGGACUCUACCAACUUGUACGCCUACAUUUCCAUCAUUGCCCUCUUUGUCUGUAUUCCACCUGCCAUAAUUUUGGAGGGACCACAACUUCUAAAGCAUGGGUUUAGUGAUGCAAUUGCUAAAGUUGGUAUGACUAAGUUUGUAUCUGAUCUCUUUUGGGUUGGAAUGUUCUAUCAUCUCUACAAUCAGCUUGCAACCAACACGCUUGAAAGGGUGGCACCUCUCACGCAUGCAGUUGGGAAUGUGUUAAAACGAGUGUUUGUCAUUGGUUUCUCAAUCAUUAUCUUUGGUAACAAGAUUUCAACACAAACAGCCAUCGGUACAUCCAUUGCCAUUGCUGGUGUGGCAAUUUACUCGGUAGUCAAGGCCAAGAUAGAAGAGGAGAAACGGAAUCCGAAGACAGCAUGAGGGUGAAAGUGGCAAAGGGCAUGAGGGAAGGAAUGCAAUUUAAUUACUUGGUAGCAAAUUUGCUACAAAUGUGAAGUAUUUUUUUUAUCUUAUUUGUGCGUCUAUGAGAAUAAACAAACUAGACUCCAAUAAUGUAUCAUUCUAUAUCUCUUUUACUAUUAUUAAUAUAUAUAUUUCUAACUCUCAUGAGUUUAGAGGA